AAGUAGUUUCGAUAAUCGCAAGUAGCACUCGAAUCGCGUUGAAAAUCGAUUAAGUUCGUAUCGCUAUGCAAACCACGUGGUAUGUUUUGUUUUUGCAUGAGUGAAUGUUUCGCAUAAGAUGACAAGUUUUACGAAUAAGUAUUUAAUUAUAUAGUAAAUAAAAUAUUCUUAAAAGUAUGCUUAAGUUUUCGUUUGUAAUAAAUAUUAAUAUAAAUAAUUAUUUUUAAACUAUUUGUUAAUUUUGCUUUCAUUGAUUAUUAAACAUGGAAUGUUUUUGGUCCGAUUUAAAUAAACAUCCUCAAUGUCCACAUGGACCAACAUUAUUAUUUGGCACAUAUGAAAAUGGCAAAUUAGAAAAGUUUUAUGUAUGCUCUGCCUGUCGCGAGAGAAAAACAUGCAAAUUUUAUUUGAAAGAGGGAGAAAAAUUGACAAAACAACAAGCAGCUAAAUGGGAACAACAGAAGAAACAAUUUAUGUCUCGUUAUCGUCAUAGAUCAUUAUAUGUACAUUUUAAUGAUAUAAUGUCUGUAACUCCAGACAAUAGAUGCUAUUGUCACACUUGUGAGCAAUUGAUAUCCAAAAUUGAGAAAGAUGUGAUGAACAAACAUAAAAAUCAUGACAUAAAAGAAAAUCUUACAGAUUAUGAGAUGAAACAUCCAACAGAAAUUUUAAAACCUAUAGAAAAUUCUAAACAGGAAGCUCAAUAUUUCUUUACAAAGCAAACAACGGAAGAUAUAGUGAAUAUACUUGUGAAAUUAGGAGCAACACAAAUUCUUUGUAUAGGUACUCCAAAGAUUCAUGAAUAUAUUUUAGAAAAUUAUGAAGAUACAAUAUCUUCACUCUUAUUAGAUUUUGAUGGAAGAUUUCAUAAUUUUUUUGGACCAUUAAAUUAUUGUUGGUAUAAUCUAUUGAAUAAUCAUUUUUUUAAUGAAAGUGCCAUUCAUGUGUUUAAAGAUUUUCUUAUGCAAAAAGGAAAGCAUACCUAUUUAAUCUGUGAUCCACCAUUUGGUAGUCGAGUGGAACCAAUAUCUUGGACCAUAAAAAAAAUUUCUGAAUUUCAUAAGAAAUGGAAUAAUAUAGAAAAUGAAAGUGAUUGUUUAAAAAUUAUGUUUAUAUUUCCAUAUUUUAUGGAAUCUAUAAUGAAACAAAAGAGUAAUCCUCCUGGUAUAUCAGGAGGUUUAAAAGAUUUGAACAUGACUGAUUACAAAGUAGCUUAUGAUAAUCACCCAUUAUUUUUAAAUGAUUCCAAUGGUACUAAAUUGCCAUCACCUAUUAGAAUUUUUACAAAUAUACCAUUAAAUUUAGUUGAACUUCCAAAAUCGAAUGGCUAUAGAUAUUGUAAAAAAUGUCAAAAAUGGGUUGGUAAAGAGAAUAAGCAUUGUAAAAAAUGUCAAGAGUGUACCUCGAAAAAUGGUCUUACAUAUAAACACUGUGAUAUAUGCAAACGAUGUGUGAAACCUUACUGGAAACAUUGUGAAACUUGCAAAAGAUGUAUUGUGGCAAAACAUUUGUGCGGCCGAAAACCUAAAGUUACUGGAAAAUGUUUUAAAUGUAACGAAAUUGGUCAUACCGAAAAAGAAUGUAACAUAAAUGAAGAAAUUCAAACAGAGAAAACAAAAAAAAUUAAAAAACGCAAAAUUAUUGAUGAAAAAAUAAUGAUUAACAAUAUAAAAAAAAAAAGAUAGAUGAUCCACGAGAAUUUGAAAAUGAAAAAAAAACAUCGAUAACAAAAAAUAUUAAAAAAACAUCGAACAAAUUGGAAAUAAAAAAAAAAAGAAAAAAUAACAGAACUCAAACUGAAAACUUUGAAAAAACCUAAACUCUUGAAAAUAAGUAAAAAAGUGAAGUUACAUAAUCAAUCAAAUGGAAUAGUAAAU